AUGGUCUCGACACGCAGCAUGGUUUUGUCGGCUGCCCAGGAAAAGGCAGCUGCGACGAUCGAGGCAGAGCACUUUUCGCAGAAGACUGGCCUCGAGGAAGCAACGAGCGAGCAAGAUGCAGAUGCCCAGCAAAUCAACGAACCCUCUCCCGCCGAGAAGGUCUUCGCGACCGUCGAACUCGCCGAGAUGAUCCUCUCCCUCCUCCCCCUCGAAGACACCCUCUCGAUGCACAGAGUCUGUCGGGCCAGCCACGACGUCAUCGAAACCUCCAAGGCCGUGCAGAAGUACCUCUGCAUCAUGCGCAAGGACGAACAGGCCCUGAUCCGAAGCCCCAUCUUCAAACCCGCUUUCACCAUCGCCUUCCACUUUCCCAGCACCAACGCCCGCAAGGACAGAUACUUCCACCUCACCUCCUUCCACGCCCCCUCCACGAAGGCGACUUUCGACCUCAACUUCUCGCUACUCAACCCACCCCGGAACGUGAGGCAGAUCCAGGCGACCGUCAUCACCAUCGGCGAGGAUUCGAAGGCCCAGGAGCUCUGGCGGAAGAUUCGAUGGGUCGAAGCGGGGGUUAAGAGGGGUGGGGCGGUUUGGUUGGAGAAGAAGACGGCGAGCGCGGAGUUUGUUUGGAUUAGUCGCGCGUUGUCGAGGGCGGCGACGCUGGGGCGGACGUGGGAGUUGCUGUUGGAGAUGGCGGAUGAUGAGUUGUUUCGGUGA